GAGAAGCAUGAGUCUUUUCUAGCCAUCUUGUGGCAUCUAGCAGCGAAGCGCUCGCACAAGCCCCGUAGAAUCGGAGGAGAAUCCUGCUGAAAGGGGGCCAUCAUGCCCGGACAUCUGCAAGAAGGUUUCGGCUGUGUCGUAACCAAUCGGUUCGACCAGCUAUUUGAUGAUGAAGAGGAUCCGUUUGAGGUGUUAAAGCUGGCAGAAAAGAAGAAGAAGGACGCGACCGCUCCUGGUGCCGCCAAGACCGCCGCGCAGACUGCAAAGCAGCUCAAAAAGGAGACACAGAAAGACAGGAAAGUCCCGCUUCCCGAUAAGAAGGAAGAGACACAAGCUCCCGUUCCUCUCAAGAAAGAUGGCAUGAGGAAAGUGGGCCGCCGACCGGAGCAGCCGGCUCAGCCAGGACCCCAGCAGCAGGGAGGUCAGGGGGAGGGUCGUCCACCAGCUGACAGGCGGCCUGACAGGAGGCCACCACGCGAACGACGCUUUGACAAACCUGCUGAUGAAAAACCUGCUGAGGGUGGAGAGUUCUCGGUGGAAAAGUCUGUCAGUGACAGGCCGUUCCGGGGUCGUGGAGGUGCCAGAGGAGGGCGCGGAGGCCGGGGCAGAGGUGUUGGCAGGACUGAUGGCUUUGACUCACGCGGCAAACGCGAGUUUGACAGACACAGCGGCAGCGACCGAUCCAGCCUGAGAGCAGAAGAAAAACGUGGAGGGAGUGGAUCUCAUAACUGGGGCACUGUUAAGGAUGAGUUGAGUGAGCUUGACCAAUCAAAUGUCACCGAGGACACCCCUGAAGGAGAGGAGCAUCCACCUGCUGACUCAGAGAACAAGGAGAAUGAGGUUGAGGAAGUUAAAGAAGAAGGCCCUAAGGAGAUGACUCUGGAUGAAUGGAAAGCCCAACAGGAUAAAGAGAGAGCCAAAGUGGAAUUCAACAUUCGUAAAGCCAAUGAAGGAACUGAUUGGAAGAAAGGAUAUGUUCUGCACAAGUCCAAGGCUGAGGAUGCCUCUGCUGAUGAUGAUGCUGCUGGGGAUCACCACUUCCGCAGGCCAGCUAAUGACAUUACGUCCCAGCUGGAGAUUAACUUUGGGGACCUGGGCCGCCCAGGGCGUGGUCGUGGGGGACCACGAGGUGGCAGAGGAGGCCGUGGGGCCACUGCUACCAGACCACCUCGUGAACGCAGGCCAGACAAGGCUGGUGGAGUGUCUGUCCCUAACGUGGACGACCCAGAGGCUUUCCCAGCCCUGGCUUAAGCUGCCCAGAUGCCACUCGGCUCACCCCAGAGGAACACUCCUCCACGGGUCCUUGUCUACGAGGCUUGCAUGCUAAUGGAUCCUUCAGCAGAUGAAAUGAUGGAAGACUGUCAUCCAUGCCAUUCACCCCUGAGGACUGAAUUUUACCUGUUUUAGAAAAAAAAGAUGGAAAAAUAAAAAAACAAAACAAAAAAAAACAAAGGACGGACUUCUUGCUAUUCUGAAGCAAAUUAUUGGUUGAGGUUUUGUAUUUAGAAAUAAGGUAGCAGGGAUGUUUUCAUACAGUGUUUCUUUUAUUGUAUUUUUUUGUUUUGUUUGUUUUUUUGUUUUUUUUUCCAGCAAUUAUGCAUUGUUCAUGGAUACUUUUUGUACUGCUGCUUGAAAAUAUGCAUUUCCAAAAAUAGGUGUGAAGAGCACACCAGUUUAUCUUAAGGUGUCCCGUAGCUUGCUUGCUUUUUACACACAAAAUGCCUCGAAACAGAGCAGCCCUUUUCAGAGACAAGAUCUACCAGUUAGUCUUAAUUUUUAAAGGUUACUGUAUUUCUAUGGGAAAUAACGGGGCAUUUUGGUUCUGGUCAUUGUUAUUAAACAUCUCAAAUGCCUGAAAGAGGGCCUUAAAACAGAAUCUGCGAUCAUUGCAAUUAAAUGUACAAUUUAUGAUUGAUAACUUAAUUAGAAGAUGUAAUUCAGAUGAUUAAGUUGCACUCGCCACAGAUAGUGUCUUUUAUCGAAUGACCACUGUAAAGUUCAAAAUGGUAUCUUUUGACACCAUUGACUCUGGUAACUCAGGAUAGUAUCAUACUUGUUACGCAAAGUUCUAGUGUAAAUACAAGCAAGUUUACACACCGCACUCUUGUUUACUGAAAAAUGUGAGCCAGGUUAUGGAUAAAUCCUUUUAGAAAUGACAUUUUCUUUCUGCCCCAUUGCUUUUACAACAGCUCUACUGCAUAAUUGAUCUGAAAGAAACACCAUCCUGUUCAGUGUGGAACAGCGGAGUGCUAUGAUGUGUGAAUUCCUACCCUGCUAUUAGACCUCUGUCAAUAAUUAAAAGAUGGUCGAUUCAUA